AUGGAGCGCUGGCCUUGGCCGUCGGGCGGCGCCUGGCUGCUAGUGGCCGCCCGCGCGCUGCUACAGCUGCUACGCGCAGACCUGCGUCUGGGCCGCCCGUUGUUGGCGGCGCUGGCGCUGCUGGCCGCGCUGGACUGGCUGUGCCAGCGCCUGUUGCCCCCUCCGGCGGCACUCGUGGUGCUAGCUGCUGCUGGCUGGAUCGCGUUGUCCCGCCUGGCGCGCCCUCCUCUCCUGCCCGUGGCCACUCGCGCGGUGCUCAUCACCGGUUGUGACACUGGUUUUGGCAAGGAGGCAGCUAAGAAACUGGAUGCCAUGGGCUUCAUGGUGCUGGCCACUGUGUUGGACUUGAAUGGCCCUGGUGCCCUAGAACUGCGUGCCUGCUGUUCCCCUCGCUUAAAGCUGCUGAAGAUGGACCUGACCAAGCCAGAGGACAUCAGUCGUGUGCUGGAACUCACCAAGUCUCACACCACAGGCACUGGCCUGUGGGGUCUGGUUAACAACGCUGGCCUCAACAGUGUAGUGGCCGAUGUGGAGCUGUCUCCGGUGGCAACAUUCCGAAACUGCAUGGAGGUGAACUUCUUCGGUGCACUUGAGCUGACCAAGGGCCUCCUGCCACUCCUGCGUCACUCAAGGGGACGAAUUGUGACCGUUGGCAGCCCAGCAGGAGACAUGCCGUACCCCUGUCUGGCAGCCUAUGGCACCUCCAAGGCGGCUGUGGCACUGCUUAUGGACACGUUUGGCUGUGAACUGCUUCCCUGGGGUAUCAAGGUCAGCAUUAUCCAGCCUGGCUGCUUCAAGACAGAGGCAGUGACCAAUGUGAACCUCUGGGAGAAGCGCAAGCAACUGCUGCUGGCCAGCCUGCCUGGAGAGCUGCUGCAGGCCUAUGGUGAAGACUACAUCGAGCACUUGCAUAGGCAGUUCCUGCAUUCGCUCAACAUGGCGAUGUCUGACCUCAGCCCGGUUGUAGAUGCCAUCAUCGAUGCACUGCUGGCAGCUCAGCCACGCCGCCGCUAUUACCCAGGCCGUGGCCUGAUGAUCAUGUAUUUCAUCCACCACUACUUGCCAGAGGGCCUGCGGCGCCGCUUCCUGCAGAAUUUCUUCAUCAAUCACUGUCUGCCCCGAGCACUGAGGCCUGGCCAACCUGGCCCUGCUCCUGCUCAGGACCCACCCCAGGACCCAAACCCUUCCUUAGCGGCAGCUCGGUGAGCCACAGAUGGCCUAAGUGCUCCAGCAGGAAAGGCUCCAUGAGCCCUUGGCCCUCUUUCCUAGCCAUUAUAAACCCCUCAACCAUGCCCCAGAACAGCAGUUUUUAAACUGUGGGUCUGACCCCUUUGACAAAUUUCUAUCUCCAAGAAUAUUUACAGGGCGGUGGUGGCGCACGCCUUUAAUCCCAGCACUCUGUGAUCUCUGUGAGUUCGAGGCCAGCCUGGUCCAUGGGGGCUAGUUCCAGGACAGGAACCAAAAAGCUACGGAGAAACCCUGUCUCAAAAAAUCCAAAAAAAAAAAAGAAUAUUUACAUUAUGAUUCAUAACAGUUGCAAAAUUACAGUUAUGAAGUAGCAACAAAAAUAAUCUUAUGGGUGGAAGUCACCAUCUCAUGAGGAACUGUAUUAAAGAGUUGCAGCAUUAGGAAGGUUGAUAACCGCUGCCCUAGAAUUUGUGUUAAGAAAAGCCCAGACUCCACUGCUGAUGCCUAGUCUAGGCCUGGGAAGCUGAAGCUUGCUAGUGAUUCUGAACCUCUCUACUGCUUCAUGAACUCACACAGACCCUACUGAGCACAAUGUUCCAUACUGCAGCUUUGGGGAACCCAGCUGGAUGGAGAGUUUGCAAGAUUAUCUGUAGCCUUUGAUAGGAUGCACAGACCAUUUCUCUGCAAACCUCCUCAGGAUUCUCUUGGCACCAAUGCCUCAGUGCUACAAGUUCAGAGUAAAUCCCAACUGCCUCUUGACUGGCUCAAGAAUUAGGUCCCCAACUACUUGCUCCCAAGCCAUAGGGAAGCUGUAUAUUGUACUUGCCUGGCCGUUGGCAUUUAAAAUAAAGACACAUUUUUA